AUGGCAAACGCAGCGGAUAGUCAGCCUUUCUUCGAGCAACAUGCUCGCAAGGUCGGGAUGGAGCAGCAACUCUUGGAAAGAUUCAUAACCGGAGGGGUCAGGACGGUGUCCAUGGCAGCCUACGCCGCCACUCAACCGGGUCAACCUCUCACAGACAAGGAGGACAACCCCACUCGUGCGCAAUUGACGGUCGUCAAGAGGCUCCUGUUCGAGUGCCGGACCAUGAGUCUGGCAAAUUUGGAGGCCACCGAAUUGGCGCAAGGCAAGCCAGCCAAGGAACUUGUGCUGGACGCUUCGGGGGACGGCCUCUCGGUUCAGGAUAAAUCCCCUAAAGUGGCGGCCCAGUUGGGGUCAGACAUGGCGACUUACAGAGCGUUGCAAAGACGGGGUCUGGCCUACGACCUCGUUGGCGUGUUGAAUCCCAAGGCGCACGAGAAACGGCUUCAGAAGGACUUUGAUACCUUGCAGACCCCAGCGCCCCCAGGCUUCAACCGUCCGACGCUGCAGCAGGUCCUGCGAGCAGAUCGGGCCUUGUGGAGGGAGCUUGGCAGCAAACAGCCGACCCUGAAAAGGGCAGCGGCGAAGGUGCCGCUCGCGGACGCCCGGUGCUUAGAUCAAGUCUUCCUGGAAGCCACAAACACGGUUGCAGUCAAUUUUCACUUCAUGCCGACACCUCGUGCGGAAGGGUUCACAGAUAAAGGAGGCAAAGGCGAAUCAGGGGUCAAGGGAGCCCGCCUCCCCACGAAGGGCAAAUUUGACAGUGGCAAGGGCGGCUUUCCGAACCAGUGUGACAGUGCAAGCAGCCUGAAAGAACGCCCCGUUGCAAGGGACGUUGACAGCGCCUCCGGGCUGGACCAGGACAAUUUUCCCGCUUCUUUGGCGGACAGGCGAGUCAUCCUGGCGCGAACAGGUCUGGACAGGCGCAAUGUACUGCGGGAUUACCUCGGCGGCUGCUUCAGCCGGCCUCAGGCGGUCGGUCGGAGUGGACAAAGUCCGCAGGCCAAGCCUCAAGGGCAAGAUAUUACAGCUGGUCUUGCUCCUGCUGUCGCACAGAGGUCUGCUGUGGAAAUGGCUGGGUUCCCCAGGACUGGCCGCCGUAUGGCUGGCGCCGCCCUGCGGCACAUCCAGCAGGGCCAAGGAAAUCUAGCUUCCGUGGGAGGACGAGCCGCAUCCUUUGAGGUCAGUGGAGUACCCGGAAGGGCUUCCGGGCCCGAAAGGGUGGCAAAGGCCAACGAGCUUUGCCGGCUCACGGCCCGAAGCUGGGACUUUUGCUGCGAAUGCAGCAUCAACGAGCUUUGCCGGCUCACGGCCCGAAGCUGGGACUUUUGCUGCGAAUGCAGCAUCGUGGUAAUCAUAGAAAACCCCUAUCGCAGUCUCCUCUGGCGUUGCAUCGCCGUUGAACACAUCCUGAGGAGUGAACAGGCGAUUGUGGUCCAGUGCGACUUUUGCAUAAUGGGAGGCUCGAAAUGA